GCCGACGGGCGCGUGGGGCGUGGCGGCCUUCGACGAGGACAAUGCCUUCACGCGGCUGCGGGUCCCAGCCUGGAUGGCACUGCGGCUGGCGCGCGCGCCCGUCCGAGCGCGCUGGGUCUGGGAGAAGCUGAGCAGGCGACUCCAGGACAAGUUGGGGCUCGCAGGCUGGGCGGCCCCAUGCUACCGCCGCCUGGCCAUGGGCGGCUGGCGCUCGGUGCGCCUGCUUAUGUCUGCCAGCGCGGCGGCGAUUGGCAGGGCGCCGCUGGGCGCGGGGGCGCGGCGCGCGGCGCUCGGGGAGGGCUCGAGCGGAGAGGCUACCUCGCCGCCCGAGGACGGGGCGCUGGAGGAAGCCCGCCAGUCCGACGGAACCGAGGAGGCAGAGCAGGCGCACCGACGCGACGACGAUUGGGCGGCCCUGCAGGCGAAGCGCAGGGCCACCCCCCCGCGGGAGCGGGGCUUCGGAGUAGAGGAGUUGAUCGCGACGGCGAAGGAGGCGAAGAGAGAGGUGGAGCGCGCGCUGGUGGCGAUGCACCUCUUUGCGGGGCGCCGGCGGGGGAGCGACGUAGAAGCGGUGUUGUUGAGGGGGGCCAAGGAGAGGGGCCGGCAGAUCCCUUUGCUUUCGUCGGACGCGGCAUGCGACCCCCGCUGGGGCCUGGCCAACGCCACCACCUUCUCGUCGCUGAUGGAGCUGUGCGAUGGGGGCUGGGUCGACGCGGCUCUGCCCGCGGGGCCUGCCGGGCCUGCGGGCGCGGGGGCGGCCAGAGUGGCAGAGGGCCACGCGCCGGCGCUGGACAUGUUGGCGCUUUGCGAGGGCAAGCUGGAGGACGGCGCCUUCCGCGCCGGCCCCCUGGCCCAGUGCCCGGCGGAGAUGCGCGAGGAGCUGGACGGACUGGCGCUGGCGUCGCUGAGGCAUUUCAGCGAGAAAGGCAUAGGGGGCGCGGGGUGGCGAAGGCCGACCGAAGCGGACAGGGCGGCGACGGCGCGGGGCGAGCGCAGUGCCACUAGGCUAGCGGCGGCGCUCAGGAUCGAGGACGUGCUCAGAGGUCGUGGUCUGGGGCUGCACGGCCCGCAGAUGGCCUUCUAUCUGCACGUCGAAGACGGGGCGGUGAUGGCCGGGGGGCCGUUGGGUGACAGCAUGGCCACGGCCGCGAUGCGCGCGCUGGCGGACGCGCCCGCCGAGGCAGGGUUCGGGGCGACGGAUCGCACCGAG